ACCAUAGUAACGUCUGGGACGCCAUGUCAGAAGAAGAUUUACUAGAGUUUACAGAUAUACCACCGGAAGACGAAGACAUAAGCGAAGACGAACAAGAUGAUACAAACCAAGAAGGAGAGAAUGAAGACGAGGAAGAGCUUCCGCCGAGUCCACUGACAAAGGAACAUGUGAAAGAGGGUCUCUCUCUUUUGUGUAAAACAGGAAACGGUCUUCAACACGCCUACGUGCGACUAGACGUUCACGACAAGCAGGUGACUGAAGUGACGAUUCUUAAUUGCUUUGUUCACAUCAGAUAUCUGGACAUCUCAGAGAACCAGUUGAGUGACAUCUCUCCUCUUAACAACUUGACUCAUCUCUUGACUUUGAAAGCAGACAAUAACUUGCUGAUGUCUGCAGAACUCAAUGAGCUGCCAUUUCUUCAGCAAGCAAGCUUUGCUCACAAUAGAAUAGCAACUACAAAAGGCAUUCGGCAUCCACUGCUUGAAUCUCUCAAUCUUUCAUUUAACAAGCUGACAGAUGCAAGUGAUUUGAAGUCAGACGAGCUGCCCAACCUUCAUCUUCUUGAACUUCGAGGAAACAGAUUGACGAGCACAUCGUCUGUGCAAGUUACCAGCUUGAAGAAACUUUAUCUGGCUGCCAAUGCUAUCGAGAAGGUGGAAGGUUUGGAGCAGUUGAGUCGUCUUGAUAGUCUUCACUUGAGAGACAACUUAGUUGGUCAGUUGGAUGGGUUUUCUGAAUCUAUGGCUGCGUUGCAGUAUCUUAAUAUCAGGUCUAAUACUCUUAACGAUAUGCAGGAAAUAAACAAAUUGAAAUCUUUGCCUCUACUAAGAGCACUUGUUCUCGAAGGUAACCCAGUGUUUGAAAACAGUGAUUAUAGAAUUGAGGUUCUUGUUGCUGUUCGUCGCCUGGAGAGACUAGACAAAGACGAGUUUACAGACGAGGAAAGAGGAGAAGCAGAAGAGUUGUAUGAGCAAAGAAAGGCCCACGAAGAACAAACUGCUAAUCAACAGGAAACAGAAGAAGGGGAAACGUGACAAUGACAUUGUAUGUUGUCACUGUGAAGGAAGAAGAAUGUUAGUUAUAGGAUGGCUGCAGUCUUAAAUUAAAUACAUCAGUUGAUAUUAAUGUAAACACAUACCGACAUUAUCG